AUGCGAGAGAGUUCAGUGGGAGAAAAAGUGUAUGUAGAGAUCAUGAACAAACUUGACGGUAGUAGCCAGUCAUCAUCCUCUACGGAUGCUAGUUAUUAUUCAUCUGAAAAUAGCGAACAUAAAGCAUCGCCGAUGAAUGAAACAACAGCAAUAUCAUCAUCAUUAUUACAAUCAAGAAAAAAUUCGAUUUGUAAUGUGCCAAUAAAAAAACGCCGUCCAUUUAUCGUUGAUUCAUCGAAUACAUCAUCAAAUGAUUUGGAUAACAGACUGUAUGAUAAUUAUUCAAAUAAUGAAAAUGACUAUAACAGAUCAGUAACAAUACCAACAAAAAACCAUUUCAAUAAUGAUGACAAUUCUGCUCAUGAUCGAUUAAAAUUAUCGUACAUGUCGGCCCAUCUUGAACAAAUGAAUACAUUUUUUCGCCAGCAGCAUCCAUAUAUUACCACUAGUACAUUUCCAUUUUUUCCGUUGUCAACAUCUGUCGAUUAUUUAUUAGCACAACAACUUCUUGAAGCGUAUCGGUUGUUUUCUGAAAAUGCAUUAAAAGAUCGUCAUACAAAUUUCAAUGAUAAUCAUAUGAAAACGGAUUAUACGAUUGAAGAACAUUUUCGUAAAAGUUUAGGUGAUAAUUAUGAAAAAUUUGCCAAUGGUUUUCUCACACCACCAACAUCAAUCUCAUCUGGAACAUCGUCGAAUUAUUCAGAUUCUGAAUCAAAUAAUUCACCGAUAGAACCAACACCAGUUGAUUCAAUCGAAGAGCAUUUUGCUCGAUCAUUAGGCAAAUUGUGGCCGAUAUCUACGGAAAUUUGUACAAAUUCAUGUUCCACUACGCCAUCAAUACCAUCAUCGAAGGUUAAUAAUAAUCAUGAACAUUUAAAUGAAUCAUGUGUCGAUGAACAUUUUGCAAAAGCUUUAGGCAUCGAUAGAUGGGAAAAAUUGAAAGAAAAGCAUGUGAAUAAUACAUAA